AUGGACAAAGCAGCUGACCUCACGUGGCAGCUGGAGGAUUCACCUGGCAAAGCAGGACAGCAAGAGCAAAGCCCUGAUGAUGGAGACAAAGCAGAAGUGCUGGGACAGCCUGCACACAGCAAGGACAAGCCACCUCAGAGCCAUACCCUCCAGUGGGAGACUCUAGGCAGACAGUUUGUAGAGUAUGAGCAGGUGGCUCCAUUUCUCGUCCCAGAGGAGCAACAGAGAAGGCUGCUGGACUUUCUUCCCCUCUUCUUAGAGGCCUGGGAACAGUCUUCUGGAGUGAUCAUAUUCCCCAACAUUCAGCUGUUAGCCAGUGAGGUUUCCAAGCUUCUGACAAAAGAAAUUAAGAGGAACCUCAGUGGCAAACCUGCAGAGGAAGCUCGUCUGGCUUUGGAGCAAUUGCUACAACAGAAAGGGGAAGCAGAAGAUGGCCGUUUGCUCCUGAAAUCAGUGUAUCUGCUCUCACAGACUGACUUGAGAACUAUGUGGAACAUCAUUGGAUCUGGCCUUCCAGCUGCUCUGAUGCAGUGCCUGUACCUUUUCUUUACUUUUCCUCUGAAGAAAACCAGUGAUGAUGGAGAGACAAGUGAGGAUGACACUCAGACUCAGGAAAUGCUUGUUAAGAUAAUGCUUAACAUGUACAGAGAGGAACAAGGUGUAGAGGAACUUCUGGCAGCUGAUAAGCUUCAAUCAUUAAUUAUAGCAACUGCUUCCCUCUGGGACCAGUGUAGCCACUCGUGGAAAGUACCUACAGGCCGUGUGCUGAGAACAAUUUCAAAGGCUCAGACCAAAAACAGCAUUGUGUACCUACAAGCUGUGGACUGCAUUAAAAUAGCUAUUCAGAAUCUCUUUAAACUGGCUGAUACCCUGCCUGCUUGUGAUGUGUGUGAAGCUGCUAGUAUUGUCUUGUGCUUUGUGAAAGAUUCCUAUCCAAUAUCACCAGCUUUAUUAACAGAAUUUGAAAAUAAUGAUGGCUACCAACUCCUACUAAAAAUUUUACUCAGAUGUGAGGGGCUGCAGCAAAAUGAAGGAGACCCCUAUCUGGAUGAGAUCUUGGACAUGCUGACUUGCCUUACAACCUGUGGAAAAACUGAACUGAAAGUUUCUGGCAAUAUUGUACACCCACAAUUACCGCACUUUAAUUUUGAACAGACACGGUCUUCUGGAAUGACAGUGAAAAACCUCCAGGCUUUUCAGGUGUUGCAGUCCAUUUUCCAGAAAAGUAAUGAUCAGCACCUGUGUGGAAGAAUCUUGGCAGCAAUUGGUACCAUAUGGGCCUGGGACACAGUGAACUUCUUUCUUCUGGAAUGGACACUACAACCUAUCAACCAGUUUACUGACAUAAUCCAUUUCAAACCACACCCAGUCCAAGUCCAGUUCUUCAGACUGGUGGAGUCCAUAGUGCUAGACCUGUCCUAUGUCCCUCAUGAAAUUUUGAAGAAGGUUCAGUAUUUGAUAAAGGAAAAUAUAGUGCCAUUCUGCACCUUAACAGCUCUCCGGUGCCUUCUCAGCAUGACCAAGAAGGACCUGUUAUUUAGCGACAUAUUCCGUGACUCUGGGCUCUUAGGCCUGCUGCUGGCACUUUUGAGGAAACAAGCCAAGAUCCUGAGGAAAUCAGGUACAACUUAAUCAACAGAAGGAAUAUAAAUUGCACCAGAAAAGGAAUUAAAUGCUGUGAUGCUGAAGAUGGUGGCUGCCCUUACAGUGGGGUCUGUGAGGAACACUGUUGUUCUGAAGGACUACGGAAUGGUGCCAUAUAUCAAGAUAUUUUUGGAUGAUGAGUGCUACAGGACUGCUACUCUCAGCAUCUUGGAGCAGCUCUCAGUCAUCAACUAUGAAGAAUAUAUGAGCAUUAUUAUUGGGGCCCUCUGUUCUUCUACUCAAGGGGAACUACAGCUGAAACGAGAUCUGCUGAAGUCACUGCUGAGGAUACUGGAGAGUCCCAAGAGCCAUUCAGCUUUCAGAACCUGCAGUGGAUUCAAUGGACUCCUGUCCCUUCUCUCAGACAUGGAAGGUGCACUGCAGGACCCUCCAUCUGGGCUGUGGACAGCAGUUGGGCAGAAUUGCAUAUUGGAGCUUGUUUUCUACACACUUCAGGGGAUAACAGCAGCCCUGCACCUGGACCCUGUCAACAGCAACUUCUUCCAGAGGAAUGGUCUCUUUGAAAAGAUGGCAGAAGAUCUCGGGUCACUUGGAUGCUUCUGGACACAAGGGGAAUGGCAAAUCCCUCUGAGCCUUGAGAAGACAAGGACGUUUGCAGAAUUCUUGGAUGCAGCUUUCUGCUCUUCAGAACCUUUCCCAAUGUGGCUAAAGAACUGCAUAUGGAUUCUAAAUUUUCUUGAUCACAUGGUCAAAGGAACCCUCCAUCUGGAGAGCUACUUCAAGGAGAGAAAGCCAGAGAUGGGAGAGGCAUCAAGAGAUGAUCAGGAGGCACUCCAAGCUCAAGAAGAGCACCCCGUUGUUUUCAAAAGACCAGGCAACAAAUUACCUGCCUCUGCCUACAGGCUAAGGGAUAACCCUGAAGAGAAGUGGCAAAUGGGAGACUGCGCCAUUGUACAUCCAGGUGCUGUCUGUGUUAUGGUGAGGUUGCUGCCAAAGCUGUACAAAGAGGGACACUCUCAGCUUUCACAGGAAAUCCAAUGUGCUGUCGUUGAUCACAUCCAGUCCCUGGUGAAGUCAGAGAAGAGCCGCCAGGUGACGUGUGGAUCUGGCUUGCUGAGAACCAUCAUAACUUCCUGUCAGGAUGCUUUCCGCAAUGAGAGCCAUCCACUGCAUCUGCCCCUCACUAGAGUGUUUGAGAAGCUUGCAUCGCAGGCUAUUGAGCCAGAUGUGUUAAGUCGUUCUUCAGAUCCUCUCCCAUGUGUUGGUUAUAACUGUUCUGUUAUGGCAGAAUUGAAUGGUUCAGAAGAGGAUAUGUUGGACAAUAAAACUGAUCCUCAGACAGUUGUGCCUGUCAGCAGCUCUCCUUGGGUGUCUAAGGGAUCUGCAUUGGCACUCCAGACUGCAAUGAGUCUCGUCUCCAUGACGUCACCUAGAAACUUCCAGCUCCGCAGCACUGCUUUGGCUCCAUCAUUUGUGGAGUUUGACAUGUCUAUGGAAGGAUACGGGUGUUUAUACCUCCCUACCUUGGCCACUGUCAUGGGACCGAGUGCAGAGCAAUCUGUCUCAGGAGGAAUUGGCGUGGGCACCAGAAUAUUCCCUCCCUCAAGCGGUCUGACUCUCUCAUGCUGGUUUCUGGUUAGCAAGUUUGGUUUGGUGCACAGCAGUCACCCACUCCGUUUCUUCACAGUCGUGAGGCACAUGUCAAGAACAGAGCAAGAAUUUGUUUGCUUUUCAGUAAGCUUCUUCCCACAGGACCGUUCUUUGGUCAUUUCCACAGAAGAAGUGGAAUUCCAGCCACUUGAUAUCAUGGAACCUGAGGGUGAGGUCCUAAAUCCCUCCCCGUUUCCAGGGCAAGUCCAGUUUGGCUGUGGCAAGCUGCUGGUCACUGGCCAGUGGCAUCAUCUCACAGUAACAGUUGCUAAGGAAGCAAAGAAAAACUGCAUUGUGUCAGCUUAUAUAAAUGGUCAGAUGCUUGGCUCUGCAAAGAUGCAGUAUCUCCAGCCCUUACCAGGUAGCUGUAUUUCCAUGGAACCCUCUUCCUUUGUUGAUGUCUAUGGGUACAUAGCUACUCCUCGAAUUUGGAAACAGAAUUCCUCCUUGACCUGGCGCCUUGGCCCUACAUACUUGUUUGAAGAAGCCAUCUCUGUGGAAACCAUGGAGGUGAUUAAUAAGCUUGGUCCACAGUACUGUAGCAAUUUCCAAGCAGUACAGCUUCAAGGGGAGGACCGGUACAGUGAUCAUAAUCCUGCACCUCUGGUGGCAGAAGAGAAGAUUUCUUUUGGAAUCAAUGCCAUGUGCUCAUCUGUCACUACGGUCCAAGAUAUAAAGAGCUCCUACAAUGAAGUGGAUGGCCGGCUGAUUGCCAAAGAGAUUGGGAUUAGCUCUCGGGACAGUGCAACUCCAAUAUUCCUGGCUAAGAAUAUUGCUGGACACCUCUCAGGUUCCUUGCGGACUAUUGGGUCAGUUGCUGUGGGCCAAUAUGGGGUAAGAGUGUUCCAGUCGUGUCCAGCAGCUACUAGCCUGAACUUUAUUGGAGGCCCUGCCAUUCUCCUGGGUCUCAUUGCUAUGGCCUGUGAUGACCACACCAUGUAUGCAGCUGUCAAAGUCCUGAACUCCAUCCUGAACAGUAGCCCAAUGAGUGAAAAAUUGAUGAGGCAUAUGGGUGGAUACCAGUUGCUGACCUAUCUGUUGAAGAGGAAGACACAGCUGUUAAACAACAGGAUUUUACAGUUAAUGUUCUCCCUAGUGGGCACAGCUGAGCUUGGCUUUGAGUCUUCAGUCAUCAAGAAUUAUAGUGCAUUCCAGUAUGUUCUGUGCAACUUUGAGCUUUGGAUGAAAGCACCAGAAAAUCUUGACCUUGCUCUUUUUUCACAUCUUGUGGAGAUCUUGAAGUCCUCCAGAGAUGGAUGUCAGAAUGCUGCACUUGCCUACCAGGUGCAAAUGGUGCCCAAGCUCAUUUUCCUCUUCAAUGAUCCUGAAAUCAGUAACUCCAGGAUCACUGUGGCCUGCACUAUUCUCUCCCAUCUGUUGCAAGGAUACUUUAACACAAGGGAUGUUCUCAGGAUUGGAUUGUUCCUUGUUUACACUUUGAAACCUUCUUCUGUGGAUGAAAAUCAGAUUUGCCUGGGCGGUGUGGCUGAGAUGCCCAGUGAAGCCUUAAGCCAAACAUCUGGAAAUACAAUCUGGCUUCGAAACCAGUUACUGAAGACGCUGUUAGAUGUAAUGCACUCAGACAAACUUCAUCUGUCCUCUGAGGAACAGGUAGAGACAUUUUUGGCACUGGGGCCAGACUGGUUUCUGCUGUUCACACAGAGCCACCUGCACUCUAGCACGGUUGUGCUAGGAAUCAAGCUACUUCUGUGCUUCCUCCACAAUCGUUUGCUGCUGAACAAAUUCAAGGAGGGGACAGUGGCUGGGCGCUGGCUGGAAAACAGCUCUGUGGGUUUGAGUAUUCUAAUGGAAAGGGAAGAGAAAGGAAGAAGAAUAAUUCAGGGAGAAUCUCCUGUAACAAAAGUGAUAGUGGGAAAAAUUGUUAUCUGUUACUCUGAGGAGGCUUUGCGAACUAAAACUCAUCCUCCAGUGCCUGACAACAGCUCCUUCUUGAUUUUUGGGUUUUCUGUGUUGCAAAGAUGUCUGACUGAUCAUGUCCACAUCCCUGAGAUCUACUUGCUCGUGGCAGAGCUCUUUCUGGCAACUCCACAGUCUGAACCACCUGAAGCAGCCAAGAAAGAUCUUGAGUCUCUAUUGCAGUGGAUCUUGCAGCACCACGUUACGGAGAACGUGCUCAAAAUUGGGUUGUGUGCAGAGGCAGCUGCUUUACUGCUGGAAAUGGUUAGAGUUACUGUGGACAAGCCUAUUGCAGAUACAGAAGCCUCCUGGGAGAUUGCCUAUCCAGGGAACGUUAUCCAGUUUCUGUGCUUGAUCUAUCACAGUUAUACUCAGGACCCCGUGUGGCACUGUCCUGACUUCUUGAAAACUUUGGCUAUGGUUGCUUUCCAUUCUGGACCACCCAAGGGAGGCUCUGAAGGCCUUUUGUCUCCUGAUGGUCCAGCCAUUGCUGAAGGGAAAGGCUGUGUUGAUUCCUCCUCUCUCCCGCUCCUACCACACCCUGCCAAGAAACAAGUGUGGGAUUUUGUGCGAGUCCUCCUGAUGGAUAGUCUUCUCAACAUCCCAGCAAACAAACAAGGGCACCCACUUGAGCUUCUUCUUGAGGCUUCUCCAGAGGGUGCCACCAGUGAGCAGAAGAGACAUUUUCAGACAAAAGUUUUACUGUCUGCUAUGGACAUCUUCCAUGUUACCAGCCAAGGCGAGGGGAAAACAAGACCAAGAGGUGAGGAUCCUCAUGACACUUCAGAAUCAACUGCACCUGUAUCCAUGAUGAAUAUUGCUUAUUGUGUUCAGAAGCUGAUUGAGAAGCUGAACAGCAGAAUGUUUGCUGCUGACCCCAAGCAAAUUCUGAUCUUCACUGCUAAACAGAUUAUGGGGGUCUUAGAAAGCUCCAUUUCUCAAAAGGAAGUUUUCCUCAGUGCCCUAUACAGCUGUCUAAACAGAGUCAUCCUACACUGCUUAUCCAGACCACAACAAUCGCUGCCUGAACAGUUUAAUGUCCUGAACACUCUCAAUGUCCUGCAGGAGCAGUGGGACAUUAUUUUUGCAACUUACAACUCAAAUAAUAAUUUCAUCAUCUGCCUAAUGUACUGCCUUUGCCAGCUGAAUUCAGGAAGCUAUCCAGAAGGUUUUGGGGUGGAUGCAAAACCAAAGUUGGCUUCGUAUCACCAAAUUUUCCUUGCACCCAGUGAAGAGGACAAAGGCAACCUGCCUACUCCAGAUGAUGUCCAUCAGGAAAUUCUGAGAACAGUAGAAAUCAUCUGGAAGCAGCUCAUUUCUCAGAGGCGGCAGGCUCUGGAGGACACUUACAAGAUGGAUCUUUCUAUAAAAGGAAAUGACAAAGAAAGGGACAUGAAGAUAACAGAGAUCACUCCUUUAUGGGAAGAAAUUAUGACAAAAGCAUGGCAACACUUGAUAGCAUCUGAAAAGAAGAUUCUCCAGACUAAAGCAGGGCCAGGCCUGUCACAGAGCAAGCACAAUUCCUGGAGUGAAAGCUUGUCUUCAGCUAUUAGGUUGAUGCCUGGCCGAAACACAAAGGAAAUGGCAUGCAAAUCUGAGGGAUUCGUGUCAUGUAUGGAACGGUACCGAAGAACUGGGCAGGAGCUGUACGCCUCUUUGUACAAGAACCAUGUACAGAUGCUGCAGUGUGGUUACAGCAAAGCAGCCAAGGACUGGAUAAUACUUGAGGAGCAACUUUUCCACAGAAGGGGCCUGUGGGGAGAUGCAUCACGAUCCUUAAAGCCACGAUGGAUUCUUGAUUGUUAUGAAGGGCCUUCACGAAUGAGGAGGAGGAUUCAGCAUGCGAACAGUCAAGCGACAAUGAUGCGAAUGAAGAGUGAGAUUCUCCUAGCAAACAGAAAUGAGACAACCCCCACUGCUGAAGUGGAUCCAGGAGAGCUGACAUUAAAUGGAGCAGAAAGGGAGAUGGAUAAGAAGGGAUCGGAUUGUAACCAGCUAACGUUCUUCCCUGCUCUACACGAAAGUUUCCAUUCAGAAGACUUCUUGGAACUGUGUGUGGAGAGACAAAUUAUACUGCAGGAGUUUGCAGAGACUGAAAAGGUCACAUUCAAGUGCUCUGUGGCAGUUGUGCAGGGGCAUACAGUGUUGGAAGGAGUGCUGCUCUUCGGCAAAGAGCACUUUUACAUCUGCGAGUGCUUUGUGUUAUCCCCUCUAGAAGAAGUCUACUGUACACGUCACUGCUUGUCCAGCAUCAGUGAUCCAUUUAUUUUCAACUUAUGUCAUAAAGAUCAUGCUGUGGGAGACCAGAUGUGUUCCCGUUAUUCAUAUAAUGAUAUAAAAGAGAUUCAUCUGAUGCGCUUUCUUCUGCAGGAGAUCGCCUUGGAAAUAUUCUUCAAAAAUGGUUACUCCAGAUUUCUUGUCUUCCAUGACAGUGACCGAAAUAAGAUAUAUAAGAGAUUUUGCUCUUUCCAACCUGCUUUGAAGUCGAAGGGGAUAACAGAAGAGUCCCUGAAUAUAAGGAAACACUCAGGAGGGGAAAAGACAAUGCUCCAGAAGUGGCAGAAGAGGGAGAUCAGCAACUUUGAUUACCUCAUGUACCUGAACACAUUGGCUGGCCGCAGCUACAAUGAUUACAUGCAGUAUCCUGUGUUUCCAUGGAUCCUUGCUGACUAUCACUCUGAGACUCUAAACCUUACUAAUCCUCACACAUUUCGGGACCUGUCAAAGCCCAUGGGAGCUCAGACUGUGGAGAGGAAACGCAAGUUCAUCCAGCGCUACAAUGAGGUGGAGAACAGUGAGGGAGACCUGUCAGCCCAGUGCCAUUACUGUACUCACUAUUCAUCAGCAAUUAUAGUGGCAUCUUACCUGGUCCGAAUGGAGCCAUUUACCCAGACCUUCUGUUCUCUGCAGGGUGGGAGUUUUGAUGUUGCAGACAGGAUGUUUCACAGUGUCAAGAGCACGUGGGAAUCGGCAUCAAGGGACAACAUGAGUGAUGUCAGAGAACUCAUCCCUGAAUUCUUCUACUUGCCGGAGUUCCUAACCAAUGCGAAUCACUUUGAACUUGGCUGCAUGCAGGAUGGAACAGUGCUGGGAGAUGUGCAACUUCCUCCUUGGGCAGAUGGGGACCCCCAUAAAUUCAUUCUCCUGCACAGACAGGCACUGGAAAGUGACUAUGUCAGUGCACACCUCCAUCGCUGGAUAGAUCUGAUUUUUGGCCACAAGCAACAUGGCCCAGCUGCAGUGGAGGCAGUUAACACCUAUCACCCUUACUUCUAUGGAGACAAGAUGGACCUCAACAACAUUAAAGAUCCUCUGAUUAAGAGCACCAUCCUGGGUUUUAUCAGCAACUUCGGACAGAUACCAAAGCAGGUACCACUUUAUCCUGAGAAAUUAAAUAUGUUCUCUGUCUUGUCAGACUAUCCCAAGGGAGCUAUUGGGCACAUUGUUCAUACUGAGAAAGGCAUUCUGGCUGUUGAAAAAAAUAAAGUUUUGAUUCCUCCUCUUUGGAGCAAAACCUUCUGCUGGGGAUUUGAGGACUUCACCUGCUGCUUUGGCAACUAUGGGUCUGAGAAGAACAUGACUACAUUUGAGUGCAUGGCAGACUGGGGAAAGUGCCUUUGCGCUGUGUGUCCUUCAGCAACUACCAUAAUCACAUCUGGAACAAGCUCAGUUGUGUGUGUCUGGGAACUUUCCUUGGUCAAGGACAAAGUGAAAUGUCUAAACUUGAGACAGGCUUUAUAUGGGCACACUCAGGCAGUGACCUGCCUUGCUGCAUCUAUGACCUACAGCAUCUUUGUGAGUGGAUCCGAUGACAGAACCUGCAUCAUUUGGGACCUGAACAAGCUGACGUACAUAAACCAGCUUCCUGCCCACGAGGCAAGCCUCUGUUCUGUUGCCAUCAACAAUUCAACAGGUGCUAUUAUCUCUUGUGCUGGAUCUUACCUAUAUCUGUGGACAGUCAAUGGCCAGCUUCUUGCAAGCAUUAACACCACCUGCAGACCUGAAAGCCAUAUUGUUUGCUGCUGCUUUGCUGAAGUGAUGGACUGGGACACAUGCAGCAUCAUCAUCACAGGAAGCACAGAUGGAGUGGUGAGGCUGUGGAAGACUGAAUACACCAAUACCCCAGGCAAAGCUGCUGGACUAAGACCGCAGAGAGGCGUGAUGGAGGAGCCAGGCAACACAGGUAACAAGUGUGGAAAACAUCUUGUUCUCUGUCGGGAACUGAAUCCCAGCCUUGCCUUGACUGGAAAACCAAGCAAGACCAGCCCAGCAGUGACAGCGCUGGCAGUAUCCAGAAAUUCCUCCAAGCUCCUGGUCGGUGAUGACUGGGGAAGAGUCUACUGCUGGUCUGUGGAUGGGUAGGAAGAAAUAGCCAAGAACUCUUGGUUUUCCAGCCUUUUGGAUGGAGAGAAAA